AUCUGUCGUAAAUCAAGAAGAAGAACGUUGGCUUUGUUGUUGUCAACCUGCCAUGGAUCAGUAAUAUAAUUGGUUGUUGCUAGAGCGUAAAGUCAGUCAGUCUUUAUAGACGCAGGACAAGGGAAUCCGUGGGACUGCGCUGCUCUGUAAACCUCGGAGUGAUCAUAGGCUACACACGCGGAGAGGCAACGCCAGUUCAGAGUACAAACCUUUGGAGUAUCAGUGACGGCCGCCCCCUGCAGGAUGAGCAGUGCAGUGCAGAUGGAUUUGCUCCGUGCUCUGGUCACUGAGUGUCUGUCAGCAGCAGCAGAGGAGAUCCUGCGGCUGGUGCACAAGACUCUGCUGCCGGAUGGACAGCCCUGUACCAAAUGGGUGGUGGACAGUCAGCAGCUGGAUGCAGUGCAUGGAGAGCCUGUGGGACCUCAAUCCAAUGUGGAAGAUCUGAAAGUGUGUUGGGAGCUCCAUGUAGAGGACCAAUUUGCAGCUUCUACAGACACACUCCCUGAAAAACAUGAGUUAAAGAGCACCUCUAAGUCCCACAGAACCACAGAGAGCAGCCUUGUGCAUACAGACUGUGGAGCAGAUAGGAGAGGUGAGCCCAGACCUUCUGCGGCUCUGACGUGUGAAUCUCCACGACCACUAUGUCUCUUCAGAGUCCAGCCAAUCUCUCCUGAACACAGACAUCUAACUCUCAAAAAGUCCAAAGCAGCGCGUUGUGCAGGGUCCAACCAACCAUCAAGUCAUUCGCAGAAUUUGUCUAAAAAGAUCAGCCAUCUUAGGGCAGGCACAGAGCUGAAGCCCUACAAGUGCCCCUGCUGCCCCAGGGCCUUCUCUUUGACCAAGACUCUGAUCCGACACAUGAAGGUGCACGCAGAGUCGUACCAGUGCAGUGUGUGUGGGAAAUGCUUCUGUCAGAAGUCCCACUUGGUGAGCCAUAUGCGCGUACACACUGGAGAGAGGCCCUUCCACUGCCAGCUUUGCCCAGAGACAUUCUCACACAAGAGGAGCAUGGAGAAGCAUAUGAAUAAGUGCCAUUUAGUGGUACUCUAAGGUUUUGGUCACUCCAGUCAACCCAAUUUUGUGUUUUUUGCCUUAUUUUGCAAGAUUUACAUGGGAGCAUAAAGCAGAAGGUACUGUGUGGGUUAUUCGGUAAAGGUUAAUUGUGUACAGUGGAGAAAGACUUGUAUCCAGCUUACUAAAUGAACCAGUCUAUAUAUUUAUUACAAGGAACUAUGUGAAAAUUUUAACACAAUUUUGUGAAUCAUAAGAGAAUUGGAUUAAUAAGAGAUAAGGCCUGGGUACACUGGAUAAGAAAACCUUCAUUUGUGAACGAUUACAGAUAGAGGAUGACCUAUUACUUUGUAACAUCGAGAAAGUGUGGUCAAUUAAAGGUUAUGUUUCUUUGAACAGAGUCUGCCCAUAUUUUUGAGAGAGUCCAUGUAGUUUCAGAUCAGAUGGCCUUUUACCCCCAAAUGCAUGUAUUUUAAGUUUACAACUUAAAAUACCGGCUGUGUAGCUGUUGCCAAAUACAGUAUAAAAAGAAUUUAUCAUCAAUAUAUUUUAGUGUGAAAAUGUGGAAAAUUAUAAAAGAUUUUGGAGGUGUGUACUAAAUUUAACUGUAUGUGUCAGUAAACUGUGAGUCAUAUCAUCGAGAUGUGGCUUGUUAAACUGUAAUGCAAAUAACAAGCUAAAUGUCCAUAAAGAAUUUUUUUGACUGUCAUCAGAAAAAUAUGUUUUUAAUAAAUUUCUCUUGGACAC